AUGCUCCCCGAACGUUUACAUUGUCAACAAUGGCGUUAGCACAGAAGAGGACGCAUGUUCGUUUACCUCCAGAGGUUAACCGCAUACUCUAUGUGCGAAACUUGCCUUACAAAAUCACAGGGGAGGAAAUGUAUGAUAUUUUUGGAAAAUAUGGUGCCAUCAGACAGAUUAGAGUAGGCAACACCCCAGAGACCCGAGGUACAGCUUUUGUUGUUUAUGAAGAUAUUUUUGAUGCGAAAAAUGCAUGUGAUCAUCUCUCUGGUUUCAAUGUCUGUGGAAGAUACUUGGUUGUUCUCUACUAUCAGAGUAAUAAGGCUUUCAAGAAAAUGGAUGCUGAGAAGAAGCAAGCAGAACUGGAUCGUGUGAAGACAAAGUACAAUAUUAACACAGAAGAGAAGAAGAAUUGAACAUAAAUAUUUAUAUCAUUAUUUUUAUUUCUCUCUUGUAAUAAAGGAUGUUGUUGUCUUAAGAAAUGUCAUUAGUAGCUGGAUUAGCCAAGAGAUCCAUUUUAUAUUGUUUGAUGUACAACAAUUUGUAAUUUAGGAAAGUCAACAAAAACAUGUAAUAGGCCUAUUAUUUCCAUUUGAUAGUUUUUGUUGGUUAUUCUUGUGAGAUAUUGCAACAGCUUAGUGCACUUUUUUGUUAUUUCUCUUUUCACUGGAAGUACAAUAUUCUGUGUAACAUUUUGAAAUAAAAAAUUUUAUUGUGUAAAA